GAGUCGACGGAGCAGAACUAGUUGCCGAUUAGUUCUUGCAGCAUUUAACAUGACCAACUUAGAAUUAUCAUAUCCAAAUUAAUAAUAAUGCCAAUUGAUACAUUAAUUUUUAGGGAUAAUUGGGAUCUUGGUGACAAUUGUGAUCAUCACAGCUGUCUAUUUUUUCUGUGCAAACAUGGCCAGAAGAGCUAUAGCGAGUGUGCAGACGGCGAGUGCUCCGUUGGUUAGUCAGCCCCACUAUGCGGUUCAAGUUUGGGAGGGUGAUGUACCCUCCGUGGAGAAAUUCUUGAAAGAGGUGGUAAAGGAGAAGUUGGUUAGAUUCACUGCUCAGCAACUUUGUGCAUUCGCGAGCAAUUAUUCGACCAGGUUAGGAUUUGGGGGAUUUGGGGUAGUCUAUAAAGAGCAGUUUCCUAAUGGUGUCAAGAUUGCAGUCAAGGUGCUCGAGAGAAGUUCUGCGAGAGCAGCAGGAGAUCAAUUCAUGGCUGAGGUAGGCACAAUUGGAAAAACAUAUCAUAUGAAUUUGGUUAGACUUUAUGGUUUUUGCCAUGAUCACUUUGUGAGUGCGCUUGUAUAUGAAUUCAUGGAAAAUGGAUCAUUUGAUAAAUACUUGUUUAGGGAGAAGGAAAUGAUUGAGUGGAAUGUUAGAGAUAGAAAAGAAAAGAAAUAAUUUGAAGAAAGAUUUAUUGUUUUUUUGUUGGAAAAUGUGUGUGCACACCCUGAUCUAACACCCGGAUGUGCACACAUCAUCAGGGUGUGCACACAUCAUAUAAAAAAAAAAUGCCCAUCACCCGGUUCAUCUUUUUUUUUUUUUAUGUAGGGGGUGCACACCCGGGUGUUGGAUCUGGAUGUGCACCAAUCAUUGUCUUUUUUUGUUUUCUUGUUUUCAUUGUAUAUACAAAAGUCUUAUAUAAAAUCUAUAUAAUAAAAUAUUUCUAGGUAU